AUGAAAAAGUCAAGAACUUCAGUCUAUCACCCAAUGGGAAAUGGAGUCUGUGAACGAUUUAACCGAACGUUACUAGACAUGUUAGGCACCUUAGAAACAUCUCAGAAAACUGAUUGGAAGAAACAUAUACCAUCUUUAGUCUAUGCCUACAACAGCACACCACAUGAAACUACUAAGAUCUCACCAUAUGAACUAAUGUUUGGCAGAAAAGCAAAAUUACCCAUUGAUUCAGUGUUUGCUCAAGCUACAGAAGAAACAACAUCAAAAACACCAACAGAAUAUAUAGAUGACCUCAAGAAUUAUAUUAGUACAACAAGGCAGAUAGUAGAAGAACAUACAAAAAGAGCAAAGGAGAAACAAAAGAAAUACUUUGAUAGAAAAGCCAAAGCAGGAACAAUUUCAGUGGGAGACAAGGUGUUAGUGAAAAUAUUGAAAUAUGAUGGUAAACAUAAGAUCGCAGAUAAAUUUGAAGAAGAGCUUUUUGAUGUCAUAGAUCAGCCAAGACCAGAUAUACCAGUGUUCAAGGUUAAGUCAGAACAUACUGGUAUUAUAAAGACAUUACACAGGAAUCAUUUGUAUCCAGUACAAGAAAACAACAUCAGUGGUUCAGAAGAGUUGAAAAUGGGAAUUGAAAGUGUAAAAGAUGUUAAUAAUAAGGAAUACAGACCGGUACCGAAGAAGAGGAUGUCUUCCAACAAAGACACAAAAAUAGGAAGUGAAGGACCAAAUAAAGGAGAGAGCGAAACAAAAGAUAAAAGUAAAGGUGACGUCACAAGAGAUGAAUCAGAGGAUUCAGAAGACACAGAUUCAGAGGUUGGGAGCAGUUAUGUAUUUUUUACAUGCGGCAAUGGGGACGCCCAUAAUAAUCCCAAGAAGAACAGUGAUGACAAUAGUACUAUAGAACUGGAACAAAAGAACAACUUAAAUGAAGAUAGUGACUCUCAAGAAGAAGACCAUAGUGAUGAGGAGAUAGAAGUAGAUAUUGAGGAAGGUAUGGCGAGUGUUGAAGCAGACACUUUACCAGAGGAGGAACCAGAUGAAGAACCACCAGAAACAUUACAUCUUGAAAUAGAGGAAACAACAGAGGAAUUUAAGGAUACAAAUGACCACAAUAUUGAACAUACAGAUAUAGACAUUGCCGAACCAAGUCAUAUAGUGGAUUCUUAUGACAGUGAAAAUACUGAAAUAAAGGAGAUAGAGGUGAAGAAUAAACAAAAUAUACAGAAUGAGGAACUAAAUACACAAGAUGAUGAACAUAGUACAACGAAUACACCCUUCUUAAUAUUACCUCAUACAUAG